AUGCAAUAGCAAUAGCAAUAAUAGUAAGAGAUGCUGAAGAAUUUGACUAAUUAAUAAGUUGUGCAAUACAAUAAAAUGAGAUAAGACUAUGCUGAAAUAUCCAGAGUCUAUAUUGAUAUUGAAGAUGAGAAGAAGGAACAUACAUUAGUUUUGGAUGCAAUCAAAAAUAUUGAUCCAAAGAGAAGAUGUUGGAGAUUGAUUGGUGGAGUUCUUGUCGAAAGAUAAUUGGAAGAUGUAUUGAAAUCAUUAAAGGAAAGUUUAGAAUUGCUUGAAAAGACUGGAUAAAAUUACAAUACUGCUCUGAAACAGAAAGAAAAAGAAGUACUUGAAUUCGAAUUAACUCAUAAUUUGAGACCCUAACAAAAUCAACAAUAAAAAUAACAAUAGCAACCUGUAGAAUCAUCCAAAACAUAAGGAGUCUUAACUUGAAACAUAAUUGUCUUGUAUAUUCACAAUAUUAAUAAUAAUAUUCAAUA